GAAUUGGAAUAGUCGUUGAGAAGGACUGAUCCGGAUCGGAUGUGUUUUUCGUGAUUUCCCGCCCAGAGGAAAACCGUGUGUGUUUGCUUUCUAAGCUUGUAGGCAAUGAAAAAUCCGUGUGCAAUUAAACGUGACUUAAACGUGUAACGUUUCAUCUGAAUGGCUGGAAUGAGUUGUUGCGCCGAGGGAAAUUGUUUGUGUUCGUUGAAUUGUAAGCUGAUUAAAAGUUACCUGUUUCGAAUGAGAUUAGUGUCCGCGUCCAUCCGAACUGCAGCAGCGAUAAUGAAGAAGGAAGCUGCUAUUAAUUCCUGGAAACAUCGCCCGCUAUAGAAGCCAACAAAACUGAAGAAAUGUACUCGAGUGAAUCGUAGCCGAAAAUGAAUCAACUGUUUAAUGACAUUAAUUAUGCAUCCUUCAACGGGGCCAGCUCUCCAGCCCGGUUAUCACCGAGAUUGAGAUCCAUGGGAACAACGGCGAUCGUGUUGGCGGUGAUAGUUGUAUGUGUCCUAUUUCCACCAGUUGGCUCAGUUCCAGAAGUAGCGAACGAUUCGGAGAACCCAAAACUAGCACCACACGAAAUAUCGUACCUAAUUUUGAGUCAAUCGGCUGCGAUCCACUACGAGCGUGCAAAUGCACUGCGAAGAAGCAUCCUCGAGCAACAGUUGAAACUAAACGACCAACUACCAUCACCGACCGGCGGCAGUGAGAAUGUGCAUCUAUCACAGGAGAUUUUCGCCGACCACGAGGGCUCUUGGGCUAUCACACCCAUCCUGAAGCACAUCCGGGCGAGCAUUCUGAAAGCUUCACACGCCGGAACCCGCUGGCUGAUCAUCUGCGAGGAGGACAGCCACGUGAACGUGAGUCUAUUAGCACACCAUUUGGGCAAAGAGGAUUAUCGACAGGAGCUGUUCCUGGGAUAUCCACUGCACGACCGCGAGGCAACCAUUAUUCAUCAUUUUGCGUUUUUCAAAAAUCCAUCAAGCUUCCUUUAUCCGUACCUGCGGGCCGGAAUCGCUCUAACCGUGCCACUCGUGGAUCGACUCGUUCAGGUGCUAUCGAGUGCCGGCCAGACCUUGACGGAGUUCUUCAUCGAUGCGGCCCACGAGUUUGCCCUGCUGGCGUGGAAUCGAGGCACCGGAAAUCGACUCACGCCGGCCGCCUACUUCUGUGCCCACCCUGUCGAAGGAUGUGCCGUUUAUGCCAAGCAGGUAUCAUCGCUGCCCGAGGAAACAUGUAACCACCCACCUGUUGCUGCAAACCGAGAGCGCACCGAGAUGCCAUCGGCCCCCAUUCUGUUCGCCGUGAAAACGUGCGAAAAGUUCCACGCCGAACGUGUCCCGGUUCUGUUGCACACCUGGGCCCGCUACGUACAACACUUGCGGCUAUACAGCGACAUUGGUGAUGCCAGCAUACCGACGAUUGCGACCACGAUUCCCAACACUAGCAUCGGUCAUUGUGCGAAAACGUUGGAAAUUCUGCACCUGGUGCAGGAGGAAAUGUUUCGCAAUCGGGCCCUGGCAGACGUCAUUAGUUGGAUUAUGCUCGUAGAUGACGAUACGAUUUUAAGCCCCUCAGCCCUGACUCGCUUCCUGAGCGCCUUCGAUCCAUCCCAAGACGUGUACAUUGGCGAACGCUACGGCUAUCAUUUGCUCGCCGAAGACGGCCAGGGCUACAACUACGUCACCGGAGGGGGCGGAAUAGUGAUUAGUGUGCGGAUCCUUGGCGCAUUGCUACGGUCAUGCGAGUGUCCUUCGGCUUCCUCACCGGACGAUAUGAUCAUUGCAGCUUGCCUGUAUCGGCUGGGGGUACGACCGAUUCACUCGCCGCUCUUCCACCAGGCGCGGCCCUCCGACUACCCACCGGAAACCCUGGACCCGGCCAGCAUAUCCUUCCACAAGCACUGGCAAAUCGAUCCCUAUCAGGUGUACAACAGGUGGUUUAGAAAGAAUGACGAAGCGUGGUGGCACAAGCAAAAGCGACGGCGAAAGUUCCCUUCACUCCAUGACCACCAACCGAUUCAGGCGGAAACCAUUUCCGGUAGCAGUGAGCCACUGCUCCGUCCGAAACAUAUCAGUAACGAUAAUGACAGCGCACGACAGGAACAGGAACAGCACAAUCAUCUGCCCCACGGCGUAGUAAAUGUGGUCCGUUCCCAUCAACAACCAUCGCCACCACCCACCAAGGAGACACUGUCAGAGGCAACCACCAGUGCCGCUCCUACGGCCAGGAUGAUAGCAAAUGAUUAUCAUCAUCGUUAUCAAAACGCACAUAUCAGCAAACAUUUCUGCGAGGAUAAUGAGCUCCAAUCAAACAGCAACUUGCUGCUGAAUCAGCGGCAAACCCAUCAUCAUCAACAGGAGCCCAUCGAGCCCAACCCGAGCAGAACGACCGGCGCCAGACGCAGCUUCCAGGAACCGAACAUAAUCAAGCAUACUGAACUGUGAACACCGGGGCUCAAACAAUUUCUCGACUAUUAAAUAGUCCUAUGGAAAAGGAAUGGGGCAAGUUAUACUAAUAAACGAACUGUUUAUCUAGGUACCUUCUUCGAAAUACACUAUAUAUUAUUCAGAUAUUUUGAA